AAGGCUAGUUACAUCAUCAGUAUCAUCAUCAACAGUGUCUCUUGUCCCUUUACAGUUCUGCUUAACAUGUUGGUGAUAAUGGCCGUGAAAAGAAGACCUCGGCUCCGAACCAACAGCAACAUCUUGCUUGUCUGUUUAGCGGUAGCUGACGCAUUCACUGGUCUCUUUGGCCAACCGUCAUAUGUCUUGUGGAGGAUAUUCCUAAUAUUUGGCCUCAGUAGCAAUGAAAAAGGUCAAUGUCGUCGUUAUGACCGCACUUGCGUAUGCUUCGUGCCUUCAUCUGAUGUUGAUUACUUUCGAGAGGCUCAUAGCGAUCAAAUUUACAAUGCAGUACUCUAACGUUAUAAAUGAUUACAAGCUGAAGAUAACAGUGUUAUUAAUUUGGAUUAUUUCUUUUAUGUGUAGGAUUUCUGUUGUGUUAAAAAUUUAUCUUGUAACAAUUUCGAUAGGAAGUCUUAUCACAAUUUCAUGCGUCUUUUUCGUCGUCUUCUCAUUUGUGAUUUUGUAUUGUGAGACCUGACGUCAACAAAGGAAGAUAAAAGCACAGCAACUGCCCCAAGAGGAAGUGGAAAGAUUUUCCAAAGAGAACAAAGCACUCAGAACAACUGUGUUUGUAGUUGGUGCUUUUAUUGUC